GUCAGGAACCAUAUUCUAUAAAAACGACUAAGAUUUCAUGAUCUAAAAACAAAUUGAAGGAAUCAAGAUUUGAUUCUUGAAAACUCAAAAAUGACAAAUAUCAAAUCUAUAUAUCUCCCUCUUCUCGCUCUCCUUGUAGCCUUACUUCUUUGUCCCACAUUUGCACAUGAAAAACCUGACAACCCGAAUUGUACACCUCCAUCUCACCCAAAGAAACAUAAACCUCCACCACCACCACACGAACCGAACUGUCCUCCACCUCCAUCCAACCCGCCUCCAUCCAACCUGAAUUGUCCUCCACCUCCAUCCAACCUGAAUUGUCCUCCACCUCCAUCCAACCCGAAUUGUCCUCCACCUCCAUCCAUCCCACCUCCAUCCAACCCGAAUUGUCCUCCACCUCCAUCCAUCCCAAAGAAACAAAAACCUCCACCAAAGGCCCCAAACCCAAAACCACCACCGCAAGAGCCCAUCCAAAACCCAACGCCACCACCACAAGAGCCGAUCGAACCCCCUCCACAAGAACCGGAGAAACAAGAACCACCACCACCACCACAAGAACCAAACGAACCUCCAAAACCAACUCCUUUCCAUGGUAUCUUCAAGGGUCAUUUCACCGCCGUUUAUGCUUUUGGAGACUCCUACACAGACACCGGAAAUGCCCAAUUCUUGGGUGGUCUCAAAGCAUCAUUCUCAGGGUCCCUGAGCUCACCCUAUGGCAUCACCACAUUUGGCAAGUCCUCAAACCGCUUAUGUGAUGGGCGAUUAGUUCUUGAUUUUAUCACCGAUUCCCUCGGUUUACCUGUCGUACCUCCUUACCAAUCAACCACAGCUAACUUCACCUCCGGGGCUAACUUUGCGGUUGCUGGAGCCACCACUCUUGCGGUUGACCUUUUGGCUAAGAUUGUUCGAACUGCGUUUCUAUGGAAAGGCACACCGUUAGGUAUUUGGACUCAACUUGAUUGGUUCAAGAAGUUUCAAGUAGAUCAUGCUUGUAAAGGAUUGGAUCAAAAAGCAUGUAAGGUUAAAUUGAACACGGCUUUGUUUUGGGUUGGGGAUAUUGGACUCAAUGACUAUUCACGUGCGGUUGGAUCUCCGAUUUCACUUCGUUCGAUAGCUCGGUCGUCAACUCUAUACGUGAUUGAACUUGUGCGGACACUUAUAAAAACCGGAGCAAAGAACAUAGUAGUCCAAGGGUUGCCACCUGUCGGUUGUCUCCCAGUAGACGUGACAUCAUGUCCCAUCAACCAACGUGACAAAUCCGGGUGUUCCUCAAUCGUAAACGGAGCCAUAAUGAUCCACAACGGAAUCCUACAAACCAAAUUGGAAAUCUUAAGGAAACUAUUCCCAGAUGUCACAAUCAUAUACGCCGAUUCAUGGAAAGCAUACUUCACAAUCGUAUCCAACCCAACAAAAUACCAAUUUCAAGAAACCCAUAAAACUUGUUGCGGAUUUAGUGGCCAAAAGUCCGACCUCAACUUCAAUAUUCAAUCGAUAUGCGGAUCUUCGGGUACUUCAGUGUGUAAAGAUCCAAGCAAAUACAUCAAUUGGGAUGGAAUUCAUCCCACCGAAGCUAUGAAUUACCAAAUGACUGAUCAAUUUUUUAAUCAAGGGUGUACAAAUCCACCGUUUAAACAGCUCAUAACAAAAACCAAAGUCAAAGUCUCUAUAAAGACACAAACACCCGAGUAAAACUCAAAUUUACAUUUACAUUAGUUGGUGUCCUAAAAGUAAGAAGGUGAGACAAAUGUCUAACAUGAAUCACCUUUUUCUUGCUAAAGUGAUAUUGUGUGUUAUGUGUAUACCUUUUUUUUAGAAUAAGAUUAGAGUAUAACAUAAUAAUAAACAAGUUUGUAUUUAUUUUGAUGUAACAAUUUGAAGGAAAUAUAAUUACAACCUGACUCUAUUUACAUUUCAAGGGUCGGCUUUUUUUUUUUUUUGUCUCAUUGGGGUUUUCUAUACAAUAAAUUAUGUAAAUCUUGUUAUAUUAGAUACUCAUAGAACAUGAAGAAAAGGG